AGUUUCUUUAAAUUAGUCGUCUUUGCUUGUUGCGUCGUCAUAUUAGUGAUUUGUAGCCAGCUGUUUUUACCGGUUAAACUCCUAGUCUUGAUUGAUUGUCAGCUGUGCAAUAUUGGUAGUAAUUAGUAUCGCGUAAAUCUUUGAUCGGUAACUUUGUUUCAUCCCCGUUUUAUCUGCGCAGCUGUUUUGGUUCAAGGUAUUGUAAAUUGCUUGUAUUUGAUCCGUUUAGAGCCGCUUAUCGCUACAUUAUUUGAGUAAUUACGCGGCACUUCAAAUAGCGUUUCUGAGCGACGCUAGUUUAAAACUGCUGCUUUCUAGAACUUCUUCAGAAAGUGCAUUCUCCUCGGCGUGACUAGAGCUUCACUUCCGUCCCUCUGAGUAGCUAGUCUAAGUAUUGUUUUGCUUGUUAGUUGUGUCUUGUGGCCUUAAUUUGCCUUAGUUUCUUUAAAUUAGUCGUCUUUGCUUGUUGCGUCGUCAUAUUAGUGAUUUGUAGCCAGCUGUUUUUACCGGUUAAACUCCUAGUCUUGAUUGAUUGUCAGCUGUGCAAUAUUGGUAGUAAUUAGUAUCGCGUAAAUCUUUGAUCGGUAACUUUGUUUCAUCCCCGUUUUAUCUGCGCAGCUGUUUUGGUUCAAGGUAUUGUAAAUUGCUUGUAUUUGAUCCGUUUAGAGCCGCUUAUCGCUACAUUAUUUGAGUAAUUACGCGGCACUUCAAAUAGUGUUUCUGAGCGACGCUAGUUUAAAACUGCUGCUUUCUAGAACUUCUUCAGAAAGUGCAUUCUCCUCGGCGUGACUAGAGCUUCACUUCCGUCCCUCUGAGUAGCUAGUCUAAGUAUUGUUUUGCUUGUUAGUUGUGUCUUGUGGCCUUAAUUUGCCUUAGUUUCUUUAAAUUAGUCGUCUUUGCUUGUUGCGUCGUCAUAUUAGUGAUUUGUAGCCAGCUGUUUUUACCGGUUAAACUCCUAGUCUUGAUUGAUUGUCAGCUGUGCAAUAUUGGUAGUAAUUAGUAUCGCGUAAAUCUUUGAUCGGUAACUUUGUUUCAUCCCCGUUUUAUCUGCGCAGCUGUUUUGGUUCAAGGUAUUGUAAAUUGCUUGUAUUUGAUCCGUUUAGAGCCGCUUAUCGCUACAUUAUUUGAGUAAUUACGCGGCACUUCAAAUAGUGUUUCUGAGCGACGCUAGUUUAAAACUGCUGCUUUCUAGAACUUCUUCAGAAAGUGCAUUCUCCUCGGCGUGACUAGAGCUUCACUUCCGUCCCUCUGAGUAGCUAGUCUAAGUAUUGUUUUGCUUGUUAGUUGUGUCUUGUGGCCUUAAUUUGCCUUAGUUUCUUUAAAUUAGUCGUCUUUGCUUGUUGCGUCGUCAUAUUAGUGAUUUGUAGCCAGCUGUUUUUACCGGUUAAACUCCUAGUCUUGAUUGAUUGUCAGCUGUGCAAUAUUGGUAGUAAUUAGUAUCGCGUAAAUCUUUGAUCGGUAACUUUGUUUCAUCCCCGUUUUAUCUGCGCAGCUGUUUUGGUUCAAGGUAUUGUAAAUUGCUUGUAUUUGAUCCGUUUAGAGCCGCUUAUCGCUACAUUAUUUGAGUAAUUACGCGGCACUUCAAAUAGUGUUUCUGAGCGACGCUAGUUUAAAACUGCUGCUUUCUAGAACUUCUUCAGAAAGUGCAUUCUCCUCGGCGUGACUAGAGCUUCACUUCCGUCCCUCUGAGUAGCUAGUCUAAGUAUUGUUUUGCUUGUUAGUUGUGUCUUGUGGCCUUAAUUUGCCUUAGUUUCUUUAAAUUAGUCGUCUUUGCUUGUUGCGUCGUCAUAUUAGUGAUUUGUAGCCAGCUGUUUUUACCGGUUAAACUCCUAGUCUUGAUUGAUUGUCAGCUGUGCAAUAUUGGUAGUAAUUAGUAUCGCGUAAAUCUUUGAUCGGUAACUUUGUUUCAUCCCCGUUUUAUCUGCGCAGCUGUUUUGGUUCAAGGUAUUGUAAAUUGCUUGUAUUUGAUCCGUUUAGAGCCGCUUAUCGCUACAUUAUUUGAGUAAUUACGCGGCACUUCAAAUAGUGUUUCUGAGCGACGCUAGUUUAAAACUGCUGCUUUCUAGAACUUCUUCAGAAAGUGCAUUCUCCUCGGCGUGACUAGAGCUUCACUUCCGUCCCUCUGAGUAGCUAGUCUAAGUAUUGUUUUGCUUGUUAGUUGUGUCUUGUGGCCUUAAUUUGCCUUAGUUUCUUUAAAUUAGUCGUCUUUGCUUGUUGCGUCGUCAUAUUAGUGAUUUGUAGCCAGCUGUUUUUACCGGUUAAACUCCUAGUCUUGAUUGAUUGUCAGCUGUGCAAUAUUGGUAGUAAUUAGUAUCGCGUAAAUCUUUGAUCGGUAACUUUGUUUCAUCCCCGUUUUAUCUGCGCAGCUGUUUUGGUUCAAGGUAUUGUAAAUUGCUUGUAUUUGAUCCGUUUAGAGCCGCUUAUCGCUACAUUAUUUGAGUAAUUACGCGGCACUUCAAAUAGUGUUUCUGAGCGACGCUAGUUUAAAACUGCUGCUUUCUAGAACUUCUUCAGAAAGUGCAUUCUCCUCGGCGUGACUAGAGCUUCACUUCCGUCCCUCUGAGUAGCUAGUCUAAGUAUUGUUUUGCUUGUUAGUUGUGUCUUGUGGCCUUAAUUUGCCUUAGUUUCUUUAAAUUAGUCGUCUUUGCUUGUUGCGUCGUCAUAUUAGUGAUUUGUAGCCAGCUGUUUUUACCGGUUAAACUCCUAGUCUUGAUUGAUUGUCAGCUGUGCAAUAUUGGUAGUAAUUAGUAUCGCGUAAAUCUUUGAUCGGUAACUUUGUUUCAUCCCCGUUUUAUCUGCGCAGCUGUUUUGGUUCAAGGUAUUGUAAAUUGCUUGUAUUUGAUCCGUUUAGAGCCGCUUAUCGCUACAUUAUUUGAGUAAUUACGCGGCACUUCAAAUAGUGUUUCUGAGCGACGCUAGUUUAAAACUGCUGCUUUCUAGAACUUCUUCAGAAAGUGCAUUCUCCUCGGCGUGACUAGAGCUUCACUUCCGUCCCUCUGAGUAGCUAGUCUAAGUAUUGUUUUGCUUGUUAGUUGUGUCUUGUGGCCUUAAUUUGCCUUAGUUUCUUUAAAUUAGUCGUCUUUGCUUGUUGCGUCGUCAUAUUAGUGAUUUGUAGCCAGCUGUUUUUACCGGUUAAACUCCUAGUCUUGAUUGAUUGUCAGCUGUGCAAUAUUGGUAGUAAUUAGUAUCGCGUAAAUCUUUGAUCGGUAACUUUGUUUCAUCCCCGUUUUAUCUGCGCAGCUGUUUUGGUUCAAGGUAUUGUAAAUUGCUUGUAUUUGAUCCGUUUAGAGCCGCUUAUCGCUACAUUAUUUGAGUAAUUACGCGGCACUUCAAAUAGUGUUUCUGAGCGACGCUAGUUUAAAACUGCUGCUUUCUAGAACUUCUUCAGAAAGUGCAUUCUCCUCGGCGUGACUAGAGCUUCACUUCCGUCCCUCUGAGUAGCUAGUCUAAGUAUUGUUUUGCUUGUUAGUUGUGUCUUGUGGCCUUAAUUUGCCUUAGUUUCUUUAAAUUAGUCGUCUUUGCUUGUUGCGUCGUCAUAUUAGUGAUUUGUAGCCAGCUGUUUUUACCGGUUAAACUCCUAGUCUUGAUUGAUUGUCAGCUGUGCAAUAUUGGUAGUAAUUAGUAUCGCGUAAAUCUUUGAUCGGUAACUUUGUUUCAUCCCCGUUUUAUCUGCGCAGCUGUUUUGGUUCAAGGUAUUGUAAAUUGCUUGUAUUUGAUCCGUUUAGAGCCGCUUAUCGCUACAUUAUUUGAGUAAUUACGCGGCACUUCAAAUAGUGUUUCUGAGCGACGCUAGUUUAAAACUGCUGCUUUCUAGAACUUCUUCAGAAAGUGCAUUCUCCUCGGCGUGACUAGAGCUUCACUUCCGUCCCUCUGAGUAGCUAGUCUAAGUAUUGUUUUGCUUGUUAGUUGUGUCUUGUGGCCUUAAUUUGCCUUAGUUUCUUUAAAUUAGUCGUCUUUGCUUGUUGCGUCGUCAUAUUAGUGAUUUGUAGCCAGCUGUUUUUACCGGUUAAACUCCUAGUCUUGAUUGAUUGUCAGCUGUGCAAUAUUGGUAGUAAUUAGUAUCGCGUAAAUCUUUGAUCGGUAACUUUGUUUCAUCCCCGUUUUAUCUGCGCAGCUGUUUUGGUUCAAGGUAUUGUAAAUUGCUUGUAUUUGAUCCGUUUAGAGCCGCUUAUCGCUACAUUAUUUGAGUAAUUACGCGGCACUUCAAAUAGUGUUUCUGAGCGACGCUAGUUUAAAACUGCUGCUUUCUAGAACUUCUUCAGAAAGUGCAUUCUCCUCGGCGUGACUAGAGCUUCACUUCCGUCCCUCUGAGUAGCUAGUCUAAGUAUUGUUUUGCUUGUUAGUUGUGUCUUGUGGCCUUAAUUUGCCUUAGUUUCUUUAAAUUAGUCGUCUUUGCUUGUUGCGUCGUCAUAUUAGUGAUUUGUAGCCAGCUGUUUUUACCGGUUAAACUCCUAGUCUUGAUUGAUUGUCAGCUGUGCAAUAUUGGUAGUAAUUAGUAUCGCGUAAAUCUUUGAUCGGUAACUUUGUUUCAUCCCCGUUUUAUCUGCGCAGCUGUUUUGGUUCAAGGUAUUGUAAAUUGCUUGUAUUUGAUCCGUUUAGAGCCGCUUAUCGCUACAUUAUUUGAGUAAUUACGCGGCACUUCAAAUAGUGUUUCUGAGCGACGCUAGUUUAAAACUGCUGCUUUCUAGAACUUCUUCAGAAAGUGCAUUCUCCUCGGCGUGACUAGAGCUUCACUUCCGUCCCUCUGAGUAGCUAGUCUAAGUAUUGUUUUGCUUGUUAGUUGUGUCUUGUGGCCUUAAUUUGCCUUAGUUUCUUUAAAUUAGUCGUCUUUGCUUGUUGCGUCGUCAUAUUAGUGAUUUGUAGCCAGCUGUUUUUACCGGUUAAACUCCUAGUCUUGAUUGAUUGUCAGCUGUGCAAUAUUGGUAGUAAUUAGUAUCGCGUAAAUCUUUGAUCGGUAACUUUGUUUCAUCCCCGUUUUAUCUGCGCAGCUGUUUUGGUUCAAGGUAUUGUAAAUUGCUUGUAUUUGAUCCGUUUAGAGCCGCUUAUCGCUACAUUAUUUGAGUAAUUACGCGGCACUUCAAAUAGUGUUUCUGAGCGACGCUAGUUUAAAACUGCUGCUUUCUAGAACUUCUUCAGAAAGUGCAUUCUCCUCGGCGUGACUAGAGCUUCACUUCCGUCCCUCUGAGUAGCUAGUCUAAGUAUUGUUUUGCUUGUUAGUUGUGUCUUGUGGCCUUAAUUUGCCUUAGUUUCUUUAAAUUAGUCGUCUUUGCUUGUUGCGUCGUCAUAUUAGUGAUUUGUAGCCAGCUGUUUUUACCGGUUAAACUCCUAGUCUUGAUUGAUUGUCAGCUGUGCAAUAUUGGUAGUAAUUAGUAUCGCGUAAAUCUUUGAUCGGUAACUUUGUUUCAUCCCCGUUUUAUCUGCGCAGCUGUUUUGGUUCAAGGUAUUGUAAAUUGCUUGUAUUUGAUCCGUUUAGAGCCGCUUAUCGCUACAUUAUUUGAGUAAUUACGCGGCACUUCAAAUAGUGUUUCUGAGCGACGCUAGUUUAAAACUGCUGCUUUCUAGAACUUCUUCAGAAAGUGCAUUCUCCUCGGCGUGACUAGAGCUUCACUUCCGUCCCUCUGAGUAGCUAGUCUAAGUAUUGUUUUGCUUGUUAGUUGUGUCUUGUGGCCUUAAUUUGCCUUAGUUUCUUUAAAUUAGUCGUCUUUGCUUGUUGCGUCGUCAUAUUAGUGAUUUGUAGCCAGCUGUUUUUACCGGUUAAACUCCUAGUCUUGAUUGAUUGUCAGCUGUGCAAUAUUGGUAGUAAUUAGUAUCGCGUAAAUCUUUGAUCGGUAACUUUGUUUCAUCCCCGUUUUAUCUGCGCAGCUGUUUUGGUUCAAGGUAUUGUAAAUUGCUUGUAUUUGAUCCGUUUAGAGCCGCUUAUCGCUACAUUAUUUGAGUAAUUACGCGGCACUUCAAAUAGUGUUUCUGAGCGACGCUAGUUUAAAACUGCUGCUUUCUAGAACUUCUUCAGAAAGUGCAUUCUCCUCGGCGUGACUAGAGCUUCACUUCCGUCCCUCUGAGUAGCUAGUCUAAGUAUUGUUUUGCUUGUUAGUUGUGUCUUGUGGCCUUAAUUUGCCUUAGUUUCUUUAAAUUAGUCGUCUUUGCUUGUUGCGUCGUCAUAUUAGUGAUUUGUAGCCAGCUGUUUUUACCGGUUAAACUCCUAGUCUUGAUUGAUUGUCAGCUGUGCAAUAUUGGUAGUAAUUAGUAUCGCGUAAAUCUUUGAUCGGUAACUUUGUUUCAUCCCCGUUUUAUCUGCGCAGCUGUUUUGGUUCAAGGUAUUGUAAAUUGCUUGUAUUUGAUCCGUUUAGAGCCGCUUAUCGCUACAUUAUUUGAGUAAUUACGCGGCACUUCAAAUAGUGUUUCUGAGCGACGCUAGUUUAAAACUGCUGCUUUCUAGAACUUCUUCAGAAAGUGCAUUCUCCUCGGCGUGACUAGAGCUUCACUUCCGUCCCUCUGAGUAGCUAGUCUAAGUAUUGUUUUGCUUGUUAGUUGUGUCUUGUGGCCUUAAUUUGCCUUAGUUUCUUUAAAUUAGUCGUCUUUGCUUGUUGCGUCGUCAUAUUAGUGAUUUGUAGCCAGCUGUUUUUACCGGUUAAACUCCUAGUCUUGAUUGAUUGUCAGCUGUGCAAUAUUGGUAGUAAUUAGUAUCGCGUAAAUCUUUGAUCGGUAACUUUGUUUCAUCCCCGUUUUAUCUGCGCAGCUGUUUUGGUUCAAGGUAUUGUAAAUUGCUUGUAUUUGAUCCGUUUAGAGCCGCUUAUCGCUACAUUAUUUGAGUAAUUACGCGGCACUUCAAAUAGUGUUUCUGAGCGACGCUAGUUUAAAACUGCUGCUUUCUAGAACUUCUUCAGAAAGUGCAUUCUCCUCGGCGUGACUAGAGCUUCACUUCCGUCCCUCUGAGUAGCUAGUCUAAGUAUUGUUUUGCUUGUUAGUUGUGUCUUGUGGCCUUAAUUUGCCUUAGUUUCUUUAAAUUAGUCGUCUUUGCUUGUUGCGUCGUCAUAUUAGUGAUUUGUAGCCAGCUGUUUUUACCGGUUAAACUCCUAGUCUUGAUUGAUUGUCAGCUGUGCAAUAUUGGUAGUAAUUAGUAUCGCGUAAAUCUUUGAUCGGUAACUUUGUUUCAUCCCCGUUUUAUCUGCGCAGCUGUUUUGGUUCAAGGUAUUGUAAAUUGCUUGUAUUUGAUCCGUUUAGAGCCGCUUAUCGCUACAUUAUUUGAGUAAUUACGCGGCACUUCAAAUAGUGUUUCUGAGCGACGCUAGUUUAAAACUGCUGCUUUCUAGAACUUCUUCAGAAAGUGCAUUCUCCUCGGCGUGACUAGAGCUUCACUUCCGUCCCUCUGAGUAGCUAGUCUAAGUAUUGUUUUGCUUGUUAGUUGUGUCUUGUGGCCUUAAUUUGCCUUAGUUUCUUUAAAUUAGUCGUCUUUGCUUGUUGCGUCGUCAUAUUAGUGAUUUGUAGCCAGCUGUUUUUACCGGUUAAACUCCUAGUCUUGAUUGAUUGUCAGCUGUGCAAUAUUGGUAGUAAUUAGUAUCGCGUAAAUCUUUGAUCGGUAACUUUGUUUCAUCCCCGUUUUAUCUGCGCAGCUGUUUUGGUUCAAGGUAUUGUAAAUUGCUUGUAUUUGAUCCGUUUAGAGCCGCUUAUCGCUACAUUAUUUGAGUAAUUACGCGGCACUUCAAAUAGUGUUUCUGAGCGACGCUAGCUUAAAACUGCUGCUUUCUAGAACUUCUUCAGAAAGUGCAUUCUCCUCGGCGUGACUAGAGCUUCACUUCCGUCCCUCUGAGUAGCUAGUCUAAGUAUUGUUUUGCUUGUUAGUUGUGUCUUGUGGCCUUAAUUUGCCUUAGUUUCUUUAAAUUAGUCGUCUUUGCUUGUUGCGUCGUCAUAUUAGUGAUUUGUAGCCAGCUGUUUUUACCGGUUAAACUCCUAGUCUUGAUUGAUUGUCAGCUGUGCAAUAUUGGUAGUAAUUAGUAUCGCGUAAAUCUUUGAUCGGUAACUUUGUUUCAUCCCCGUUUUAUCUGCGCAGCUGUUUUGGUUCAAGGUAUUGUAAAUUGCUUGUAUUUGAUCCGUUUAGAGCCGCUUAUCGCUACAUUAUUUGAGUAAUUACGCGGCACUUCAAAUAGUGUUUCUGAGCGACGCUAGCUUUAAAACUGCUGCUUUCUAGAACUUCUUCAGAAAGUGCAUUCUCCUCGGCGUGACUAGAGCUUCACUUCCGUCCCUCUGAGUAGCUAGUCUAAGUAUUGUUUUGCUUGUUAGUUGUGUCUUGUGGCCUUAAUUUGCCUUAGUUUCUUUAAAUUAGUCGUCUUUGCUUGUUGCGUCGUCAUAUUAGUGAUUUGUAGCCAGCUGUUUUUACCGGUUAAACUCCUAGUCUUGAUUGAUUGUCAGCUGUGCAAUAUUGGUAGUAAUUAGUAUCGCGUAAAUCUUUGAUCGGUAACUUUGUUUCAUCCCCGUUUUAUCUGCGCAGCUGUUUUGGUUCAAGGUAUUGUAAAUUGCUUGUAUUUGAUCCGUUUAGAGCCGCUUAUCGCUACAUUAUUUGAGUAAUUACGCGGCACUUCAAAUAGUGUUUCUGAGCGACGCUAGCUUUAAAACUGCUGCUUUCUAGAACUUCUUCAGAAAGUGCAUUCUCCUCGGCGUGACUAGAGCUUCACUUCCGUCCCUCUGAGUAGCUAGUCUAAGUAUUGUUUUGCUUGUUAGUUGUGUCUUGUGGCCUUAAUUUGCCUUAGUUUCUUUAAAUUAGUCGUCUUUGCUUGUUGCGUCGUCAUAUUAGUGAUUUGUAGCCAGCUGUUUUUACCGGUUAAACUCCUAGUCUUGAUUGAUUGUCAGCUGUGCAAUAUUGGUAGUAAUUAGUAUCGCGUAAAUCUUUGAUCGGUAACUUUGUUUCAUCCCCGUUUUAUCUGCGCAGCUGUUUUGGUUCAAGGUAUUGUAAAUUGCUUGUAUUUGAUCCGUUUAGAGCCGCUUAUCGCUACAUUAUUUGAGUAAUUACGCGGCACUUCAAAUAGUGUUUCUGAGCGACGCUAGCGUCGCUCCUCCUCAGUUUUAUGCAAGCUCUUCCCAUCUCUGUCUGCUCUCUGCCCUACAGCACCCGGUUCCAAAGACGUGGCCCCCCUAAGCGACGGAACCCAGCUAACCUCUCCUACCCCCAGCUGUCUCCCUGCAAUAACUGCACAGUUGCUGGAGGACUUUGGAACUGCCAGUCUGCUUCAAAGAAGGCUGAUUUCAUCUCAGCCUAUGCCUCCCUGCUCUCCCUUGAUUUCCUUGCCCUCACUGAGACAUGGAUCACCCCAGAGAACACUGCAACCCCUGCUGCCCUCUCCUCUUUCUUUUCAUUCUCCCACACUCCCCGACCAUCAGGCCGUGGUGGUGGCACUGGUCUCCUAAUCUCUCCCUCCUGGAAAUACUCAGCCCUACCUCUCUCUGACCUACCCCGAUUCAGUUUUGAAUACCAUUCUGUUUCAAUCACCUGUCCAACUAAUCUAUACAUUGUUGUCAUUUAUCGCCCCCCAGGUCCACUGGGAAACUUCAUCGAUGAGCUGGAUAUCCUACUCAGCUCUUUCCCUGAGGACGGCACCCCACUGAUCCUGCUUGGAGAUUUCAACCUCCACCUGGAAACAUCCCAGUCUUCAGCUGUCCUACAUCUCCUCCACUCCUUUGACCUCUCCCUACAGUCAUCUCCCCCUACCCACAAGGCGGGCAACCUCCUCGACCUGGUUUUUCUGAGGAAUAGCCCUUGCACCGAUAUCACUGUAACCCCUCUGCACACCUCUGACCACCACUUCGUUUCCUUCUCCCUCCCCCUUGCUCCCUCUCACCCACCUUCUCCCCCCACACCCACUAUAUCUGUCCGCCGCAAUCUCUGCUCCCUCUCAACCUCCUCUCUUGCUUCAUCUGUCACUGCUGCCCUCCCUCCUCUCGAAUCCUUCACUACCCUCCCCACUGAUUCUGCAUCCACCUCCCUACUUUCCUCCCUUACAUCUGCUCUUGACUCCCUCUGCCCCACUGUCUCUAGGCCAACACGUCCAUCUCCUCCCCGCCCGUGGAUGUCCAAUGCCAUACGCACCUCCAGGGUUGGACUCCGUGCAGCAGAGAGGAAGUGGAGGACAUCCAGAGAUGCUUCAGACCUCUCUGCCUACCAAUCCCUCCUUGCAGCGUUCUCCUCCACGGUGACUGCUGCCAAGCCAGCCAUCUGCACGCCCUCAGUCCUCGCUCACUGCUGACGACUUUGCAACCUUCUUUGACGAGAAGAUUGCAGUCAUCCGCAACUCCUUCUGCACUCCACCUCACCCUAUGCUCCCCUCCCCUUGUCUCUCCACUCCUCUGCUUACGGUCACUGGCUCCCAACUCCCCACCCCUCAACCUGUACUCUCCCCCUCCCUCACCAUUUCCCCUUGUUUCUCCGACUUCUCUCCCCUCACCGAUUCUGAGGUUUCACAACUCCUACUUUCCCAUCGCCCCACAACCUGUGCCCUUGACCCCAUUCCCUCACCACUCCUCCAGGCAAUCUCACCCGAGAUUCUCCCAUUCAUCACCUCCCUGGUUAACUCCUCCCUGACAUCCGGCUGCUUCCCGUCAACCUUCAAGAAGGCCCUCAUCUCCCCCCUCCUGAAAAAGACCACACUAGACCCCUCCAUCAUUGGGAACUACAGACCGGUAUCUCUCCUUCCAUUUCUGUCAAAAACCAUUGAACGUGCUGCAUCAAAUCAACUCUCUGUGUUUCUUUCACAGAAUGAGCUCCUCGAUCCCCAUCAGUCUGGAUUCAGACCAGGCCACUCGACAGAGACCGCACUCCUCUCUGUCAACGAAGCUCUCCACGCAGCCCGAGCAGCCUCCCUCUCCUCCGUCUUAUUACUUCUGGACCUAUCGGCAGCCUUCGACACAGUCGACCACCCCACCCUCCUGUCCUCCCUAUCUGCAAUGGGGAUCUGUGGCACAGUCCUCAAUUGGAUUGAGUCUUACCUCUCAGAUCGCUCCUUCCAGGUAGCCUGGGCUGGUAAAGUAUCUGCGCCACACCCCCUCAUCACCGGAGUCCCACAGGGCUCGGUCCUUGGUCCUCUCCUCUUCUCUCUCUACACCCAGUCCCUUGGCCCUGUCAUCACAGCUCAUGGUAUGUCUUACCAUUGCUAUGCUGAUGACACACAACUGUUUCUCUCCUUCCCACCCUCUGACACACAGGUCUCAGCCCGCAUCACUGCCUGCCUGAGUGAUAUUCAGAGCUGGAUGGUCCGCCACCAUCUCAAGCUCAAUCCAGGUAAGACAGAGCUCAUUUAUAUUCCGGCUCUUAACUCCCCUCUCUCUGAUCUCUCUAUCUCCCUAGGUAAUACCAUCCUCACACCAUCACCCUCAACUAGAAACCUUGGCGUGGUGAUGGA